CGGUGACUCCCGCCCGGCACCCUCCUCGCCCUCCGCAGGCGGCAGCCUCGGGCCUCCCGGAACCAUGGUGAAGUUGGGGAACAAUUUCGCGGAGAAGGGCACCAAGCAGCCGCUGUUGGAGGAUGGCUUCGACACCAUCCCCCUGAUGACGCCCCUCGAUGUCAAUCAGCUGCAGUUCCCGCCCCCGGAUAAGGUGGUUGUGAAAACUAAGACCGAAUAUGAACCUGACCGCAAGAAAGGCAAAGCACGUCCUCCCAAGAUAGCCGAGUUCACGGUCAGCAUCACCGAGGGUGUCACCGAGAGAUUCAAGGUGAGUGCCCUGGAGGUGUCGGUGCUGGUCCUCUUCGCCCUGGCCUUCCUCACUUGUGUCGUCUUCCUGGUCGUCUACAAGGUGUACAAGUAUGACCGCGCCUGUCCUGAUGGCUUUGUCCUCAAGAACACCCAGUGCAUCCCAGAAGGCUUGGAGAGCUACUACGCGGAGCAAGACUCCAACGCCCGGGAGAAAUUUUACACCGUCAUAAACCACUACAACUUGGCCAAGCAGAGCAUCACCCGCUCGGUAUCGCCAUGGAUGUCAGUUCUGUCGGAAGAGAAGCUCUCAGAGCAGGAGACUGAGGCUGCUGAGAAAUCCGCUUAGCGAGAUGGCGAGUUCCCUGCAGUGUCACUUGAAGGUAACAAAGGGACUUUGAGGGACAUUUCAUUAAAUAUAAUUCCUGAUAAUUUAGAGGCGACUCAUUUAUGGUGCAACUGCUUCUGUUUGCUGAUGCUGCUUUAAAAUCAAACUUGCUGCAGGCCACCACGGGCAUAGAAUCAAGCGCUAUCAGCAUUGCUUAAAGAGCUCUGACACCAGUUUCCAUGUAAAGGAAUCUUAAUUUAGCAACUUGACUGGGAUUUAUUGGAUGCUAUCAAAAAAUAAAUUUACACUGGAUAUGCAAGGGGUUUGGACUUCAGAUAAAUAAUGCAUUUUGUGGGACUGAUUGUUUUUUAAACCACUUGCUGUUUGCAGACCUUACUCCACAGCCAUAUCUAGAGUAAGCCCUUGCUUUGCUGAGAGCAAGCUGUCCUUCUCAUUUCUUCCCACCUCCCAUUCAGGGCAAUAGUGCUGAUGGUCAGGAUGUGCUAUAAUGAGUGGCAUAGGGAAGGAAGGAAAGACGCCGGCGGGUCACAGCUGCACCCUGACCUUCCCCGCGCUCAUUCUGAGCGUGCAGGGGCUGCAGCAGGGCUGCUUGGGCGGAGGCUGCAUCUCAGCCCAGAGGGCCCGCUGGGCAGAGGCGGCCGUGUUUCCCUUGGUGCUUGUGGUCUGGGUCAGGGCAUGUGAGGUGGGGACCCUGGGCCACAGGCUGCAGAACCGGCCCCCUGCCAGCGUCCGUUUGCUCUGUGAUGUGCUGUGUAGGAAUGAAACCCACCAGCCCUUCUGUUCACAUUGGUUAUUAAAUACAUUUGCAUCGACAGCCGUAUUAGCAAUUAGUUUUAAAUCAGUUAGCUGGGCGGGGAACGUGAAAGUGAUUGCUGGUAAGCCAAGGCUACUUCAGGUGUUUAUUCUGUGGGACAGAUGUCACUCCUUUGAUGUAAGAAGCAGGAAGGAAAGGCUGGGAGGGGGGCUGGCGGGGCACCUUAUGAGUCCAACUGUGACAUUUACAUUCACAGUCUCUGUAAGACAAUUACGUUUCAGUCUGAAUCUUGACAUUAAAGUGUAUGUUUACAAACUUGCCAGUUAGAUGAACUAAGUGUGUAAGACGAUUAAAUAGAAAAAAAAAUUCACAUUUUCUUCCAUGUUAUUUGACUGUGUUGCUUCUGGUGGACAUGUCACAAGUUUCACUGUUUUUUUUAGUAGAUCAAAAAUAAAUGACAAUUAGUGCAA